AGUGCAGUGCAGUAUUUCGGAUCGGGCGAGCGUACCAGUACGACGGCAGCAACACUCGCGCAGAAACCCUUAAAAUGAGCGGUGGCAUUCAUAUUUCCGGAUCUAGCAGGGUAUACGAGCCUGCGACUGCUGUUCAAUGUGUAAUUGGACACCCUCUCGCGUAUGGUCUGCCGGUCAGCUGCAGAAAGUCCACGAAUGCAGUCAUUGUUCACUGGCCAUGAUCAAACGAAAUAAAUUCCACUAGGACCACAAGAAACAUGAACGGACAAUCUGACGCUUUAGAUUCCAGUACCAAGACACGGCUGCGCAACCAUCGUUCAGCCCAGAUCCAAGCGCGUGUAGCGGUACAGACAUGGAACAUAAGACAUGGCAAUAUCAACUUUGUCAAUCUUCUCCGGUUAGGUCUAGUUACCAUCAUUCCAGUCUCUCUCUUCAGCUUCAGUCAGAGUCGCUCACAAACUCUUCGAAAGUUUCGUCUGAUACUUCGAUUGACGCUGAGAUGCUUGUGGAUCUGGCAGUGGGUUGACUGCGUAGGUUUAUCUGGAGUUCCGACAUACCGAAGAUGGAUACGGAAUCCUGAGACCGGGUUAGAGCAGAGAUCAAACGCUGUGUACGUCCGAAAAAGGAAACAGCUGGCAAGAUUCUUCAUACCAAUCGAUUCCAGCCAGCUCAUACCAUGGCCAAUGGCCAACACCUCGGUUGGCUUCACCUCCCGCAGACAGACAUGGUACUUGUAGUAGUGUUUUUUUUCCGUGUCUCUAGGGGUCUUUUGUGACGUAGUGGCCCAUUUCAGACUUGACUUUGGGAAUCGGUAAGCCAUUCUCAAGCCGAGUACUCGCAUCAAUAACCGUAAGAGUAUGGUGCUCUCGCGUCCCUCGUACUUCUAUCUGCCUUGCCAGACUUGGAAGCGUGUCAGCCAGUUUGGUGAGGAAACAUGUGGCGUCACAUCAUCUCAAUUA